UCCCCCGCGCACCCGGCCCAUUGACCCGGAAGCACUCUCUGCCCCGUUUCCGGCUCCGAGUCCUUGCUUCUGCGCCUGCGCGCCGAGGCGGCUGGGAUGCCGGCGAUCUCCACUACAGAAGAAAGAUGGCGGUUGAUGGGCCUGAGCAGAUGGAGCUGGAAGAGGGGAAGGCAGGCAGUGGACUCCGCCAAUAUUAUCUGUCCAAGAUUGAAGAACUCCAGCUGAUUGUGAAUGAUAAGAGCCAAAAUCUCCGGAGGUUGCAGGCACAGAGAAAUGAGCUUAAUGCAAAAGUUCGCCUAUUGCGGGAGGAGCUACAGCUGUUGCAGGAGCAGGGCUCCUAUGUGGGGGAAGUAGUCCGCGCCAUGGAUAAGAAGAAAGUGUUGGUUAAGGUAAAGGCAGCAUCACCCCUGGGACCAUCCGCUGCAUUCCCAUACCUUUCUAAUGAAAAGUCUCUCCCCUUCUCCCAGGUAACACCCAACUGGCGGGUGGCUCUAAGAAAUGACAGCUACACUCUGCACAAGAUCCUGCUCAACAAGGUAGACCCACUGGUGUCACUGAUGAUGGUGGAAAAGGUGCCAGAUUCCACUUAUGAGAUGAUUGGUGGACUGGACAAGCAGAUCAAGGAGAUCAAAGAAGUCAUCGAGCUGCCCGUUAAGCAUCCUGAACUCUUUGAAGCACUGGGCAUUGCACAGCCCAAGGGAGUGCUGCUGUAUGGACCCCCAGGCACUGGGAAGACACUAUUGGCCCGGGCUGUGGCUCAUCAUACAGACUGUACCUUUAUUCGUGUCUCUGGCUCUGAAUUGGUACAAAAAUUCAUCGGGGAAGGGGCAAGAAUGGUGAGGGAGCUGUUCGUCAUGGCACGAGAACACGCCCCAUCUAUCAUCUUCAUGGACGAAAUCGACUCCAUCGGCUCCUCACGGCUGGAGGGGGGUUCUGGGGGGGACAGUGAAGUGCAGCGCACCAUGCUGGAGCUGCUCAACCAGCUGGAUGGCUUUGAGGCCACCAAGAAUAUCAAGGUUAUCAUGGCUACUAAUAGGAUCGACAUCCUGGACUCGGCUUUGCUUCGCCCAGGGCGCAUUGACAGAAAAAUUGAAUUCCCACCCCCUAAUGAGGAGGCUCGCCUGGACAUUUUGAAGAUUCAUUCUCGAAAAAUGAACCUGACCCGGGGGAUCAACCUGAGAAAAAUUGCUGAGCUCAUGCCAGGAGCAUCAGGGGCUGAAGUGAAGGGUGUGUGCACGGAAGCUGGCAUGUAUGCCCUACGGGAACGGCGAGUCCAUGUGACCCAGGAGGACUUCGAGAUGGCGGUAGCCAAGGUCAUGCAGAAGGAUAGUGAGAAAAACAUGUCCAUUAAGAAGCUAUGGAAGUGAGGUGGAUGGUCCCUGUGUAGAUCCUCAAAUAAAGCUCUGCAGGACAAGGCC